AUGGCCAACUGUUGCAACGUAUCUGGUACACCCAACCUCAAAUUUCAAGCAAAUGUUUCUUUUUCCGGUGGUUGUUGGACGGUAUCACCAAAAUCUCCACAGACGAAAAAGUUUGCGAAUGAUGCCGUUGUGCAAACGAUGCGUGACAAUUUUAAUGCAAAUCCAAGGCUUUUGUGGCAGUACUUCGGGGGUGAAGACGGCACUUCCGUUCUCUAUCCACAAGCUAAAGUGUCCCCCAUACCUACAUUAUGUAAUUCCUUCGAUCCCCGAUUUCGGCCGUACUAUGCCGCUGCAGCUACACCUAUAGCGAAAGAUGUUGUCGUGUUGGUAGACACAUCUACCUCAAUGCAUACUCCAGAUAACACUGACCGUACCCGUCUCAAGCUAGCCAAGGAGGUGGCCACAAUAGCCCUUCAGACACUGAAUCCUAACGACAGGAUGGCAGUUGUGUCUUUCAACCCGGAGACACCUAAACCAACUUCCGGCUGUUAUGAGAAUCAGCUCUCACAGUAUACACCCGAGAACGAAAGAUUCUUAUCAUCAUUUAUAGGUCACUUGGAUGUCAAUAGCGAGUCUGACGUAACAGUGGGCCUAGAAGCGGCCUUCCACUAUUUCGGAAAUUCAUCAAUGCCAACAGGAGAUGAAAAACGAUAUAAAGUAAUUCUAGUGCUGUCUGAUGGAGCCGACUUCUUAACCGACAAGCAUCCUCUCGAUGUGAUCCGUGACGAGAAUGCCAAGCUCGGAAACCAAAUCUACAUCAUGGUUUACGGUAUAGGAAAUGAUAUAGCUGACGACGCUAAAGAUUUGCUUCGAGACAUGUCUUUACAGACGAGAAACAAUGAGACAGCGAAAGUUGGAUUUUUCGAAAUAAUUGCAGUUGCAGAAUCAGUCCGUUCAAAAAUGGGAAGCUAUUACAGCUUUUUUAAAUCGUCAGCCACAGAUAUUGUCCUUUCUGAUCCAUUCAUUGAUACAUUUUCUAGCAUCGGUCUGUUGAUAUCCGUUUGUCUGCCAGUUUAUGAUAAAGUCGAACCCUCAGUCCUACUGGGAGUAGCUUGUGCUGAUGUCAAACUCAGCGAUUUGUUCGAAGCCGCAACCGUAUUUAACGAAGGAGAUUCAUCAUACGUCUUUAUCAUUGACCACAAAGGGCGUACUCUAAAGCACCCUCUGUUACGACUCUCCAGAUCUGUACGAACAAGCUAUACACUCCUAGAUAUUUCAUAUCUAGAGCGGGCUAACGGAGCAAAAGCUAUAAUAGACGCAAUGAAAAGGAGGGAAACGGGGAAACAGGAUGUGUUGUCGUCAACGAGAACAAUGGCUAGAGGUGUGGUAUUAAUGGAGGGAAUCCUCACACGAACCGUCAAGUCUACAUAUCAUUAUGCACCGAUCCCGAACAGUGAUUAUUCUAUUUGUGUAGUUGUUGGCGAAGACGCUACGAUCGCUACACUGCCGACCCAGAUUAGGGAACCGGGGAAAUUUGUUUACCAUCGUCGGGACAUCUAUGAUGAUCAUCUGCGGAGCUGCAAGAAUUUCAAAAGAUUUGCAACUACCGAACACUCGAUCGUUCAGUUUAACGCCGAUGCCUUUUUGGAUAUCAGUAAAUAUCUAUAUGAAGAAGAAAAUACAAACACCGUAGACAGAUAUACCAAGUUUUUCAACGGAGACAGCUCCACGGCUAAUCCGGGUUUUACGUCUGAGGUCAUCAACUCCGUUAUUGUAUCUGUUAAAGCGGAGGAAAUAUGGAAAGCCAAAUCUGAGUUAGCAUUGAUCUUCAUUUGGAGAUAUUACGGAACAAAUGAUGGUUUCAUUCGUGUUUUCCCUGGAAUUCAGUUACCUCAUCAGUAUGAUCAUCAACUCAGACCUUGGUGGAGGCGGACUAAAUCUCAGAGAGGUACUCUGAUUAUGACAACACCUUACCUCGACGCUUGGGGUGCAGGAUUGGUUGUGACUUUAUGUCGCUCAAUUUACACUGGCAGACAAGAUGGGUCGCCACACACAGAACUGGAUGACGUUGAAGGAGUUAUCGGUAGUGACAUCGGGUUAUCUUAUUUGUAUCGAAUGUUAGCCGAGACGUAUCCGGAAUGUAGUAACGGUCAAAUAUGUAUGCUGGUUGACAAUUCGGGUUUCAUUAUCAUUCAUCCCGAUUUCGUGGAUCCAAAUCUUAAAGAAACGGAAAGAGAAAAGGCAGUGGAGAAUAUUCAUAUCGUACAGAAGGAAAGUGACAUCGCUAGAGAUUUAAUUAGCAAGUCGGUAAUGAGUAAACAAAGCUGUGCGGAUUUCGACAAUCACAAGUUACAGUUCACAUACAGGAUACAGUUGAAUGAUGGCGAUGUGCACAUCAUUGGGUCCGGUUAUGAGUUAUGGAAUGUGAAAAAUACGAACGUGUUCUUGAUUAGGAAACCAGUUGCAGAUGUAUCCGUACAGUGUUGCACGGACAUACCAAUGGUAUCACCGACCAGAAAGAAGUGUUCGGGCACGUUCUGUGAAUGUAUCUGCCAUACACCUAUCGCCUUUGACACGUGUUUGAAUAUAAACAGUAAAACUGGAGCCAGCUUGACAUGUAUUGCCAAGACACCCGAUAUUACAUCGACCGCAAAGCCUGACGACCUGUCUGGACUCGAGGACUGUUAUAACCCAAUAUGCUUCAACAGGACACGUGACUCUACUUGUUACUCGGUACCCGGAUGUAGUUGGUGUGUCCGUGACGAAAAUGCUCCGUUGGCAAACCCAUGCUGCAGGGGGAUAGAUACAUGUGAUUUCGGAACAGUCCUUGGUGGAAAAAGUAAUGUGUGUCCCGACCUGAUUUUGCCACCAACUACUCCCGUGACCAGUUCUCCAGGGACCCAAGAGACGACUGUUGCUUCACCGUCUGGCAGUGGAGACGUUAGUGUAACAGUAGUGGUGGGGGCGAUCUUAGGAUCACUUGUAGUUAUUCUUUUAAUUGUCAUUAUCGGCAUGUCGUAUCGUCGUCAUAUAGGUCGUCGCAAAGACAACCCUGCAGAUGAUUACUUAACAGCCCUUCCAUCUGUGCGAGAUGCUUCCACGGAAGGAGGGGUCGUAAAUCAGCAAUACGCUGGAAUGAAUGUACCGUUUGGGGUCGCUCAAAAUCAUGGCGGUGGACCGAAUUUGACGCCAAUGCAUCACAAUGCGAAUCCCAAUAAGUAUAAUACAAUGCCUGGAUCGUCCAGUUCAUCAGGUUCAAGCGGUACACCUCAAACAGCGAGCCACGGCCAUAUGCCUCUAAACGCAAUCCCGAGCGAUCCAAAAUUGUAA